AUGGAUAAACGGCUGAUCGAAAGGCUUGCUAAGCGUGAUGAGAUUGAGGGCAGGUAUGCCGAGUUGUUCCAGAAGGUGAGUUUGACUGAUCAAAACUUGAAGAAGGGCGAUGCUUCAAGGGACACCGACAGUACAAGGGAUUUGCUCAACUCCACAAUUGCAAGAUUGCGCAAGGAGCUGAAGGAUAAGGACACCAAUGUUAACAGAUUGAAAGAAGUUAUUGAAGUUAAGAAACAGGACUCUGAGAAAUUGAAUAAUGAGAUAAUCAGCUUGACCAUAGAAAAUAACUUGACAAGCAAAAGAUUCGCUGACCUUGAGGAAGAGCACGACAAACUUGUGAAACGAUGGGUUGCCAGGGUUCAACAGGAUGUUGAUAAGUUGAACGCAGGUUUUGAUUAA